GCCAUUUCCGCGUCUUCUCUAUCCAGCGUCGUCUCCAAGCUAACGUCGUCGUCGUCCUCCUCCUCCUCCUCCUCCUCUUCGCCAUUCUCCUCUCCCCCUCUCCAAUGCCGAGCUCUAGAAACCCUCCGUACUCGACCUCAUGAGCUCGCGAUACUCGCCAUAGUCGUCGCCCCCCCUCCUCCACAAGAUCUCGCGCUGGCUACUCCUCGGACGACCGCCUCCGCCGGCGCCGCCUCCUACCCUCCGCCGCUCCCGCCGGCGCCGCCGGCGCCGGAGAUGAGCGCCGGGAGCGCCGCCAAGCAGAUGGUGGACCUUCUCCUCGCGCGCUUCCUCCCCCUCGCGCGCCGCCGCAUCGAAACCGCCCAAGCCCAGGAUGGACAGUACCUUCGGCCAUCGGAUCCGAGUUAUGAGCAAGUCUUGGAUUCACUAGCUAUGGUUGCCCGGCAUACGCCUGUACCUCUUUUGGAAGCUCUUCUUCGGUGGAGAGAAAGUGAAUCGCCAAAGGGUGGCCACGAUGCCUCUACGUAUCAAAAGAAGCUAGCAGUGGAGUGCAUAUUCUGCUCUGCUUGUAUCCCAUUUGCAGAGUGUUGCCCUCAGGAGGGAAUUGCAGAAAGAUUUUGGACUGGUCUGGAAGAUUUUGUAUUUGACUGGCUAAUUAACGCUGACAGGGUUGUUAGCCAAGUUGACUAUCCUUCAUUGGUUGAUUUGCGGGGGCUUCUCUUAGAUCUGGUUGCCCAACUAUUAGGUGCUUUAUCACGGAUUAGGUUUAGUUCUGUGACAGAACGGUUUUUCAUGGAGUUGAAUACUCGCCGUAUUGAAACUAGUGUGGCCAGAAGUGAGACGCUUAGCAUUAUUAAUGGGAUGCGCUACCUUAAACUGGGGGUAAAGACGGAGGGGGGGUUAAAUGCUUCAGCAUCCUUUGUUGCAAAAGCCAAUCCUCUUAAACCCUCUCCCCCUAAAAGAAAGAGUGAACUCCAACAUGCGCUUUGCAGCAUGCUUUCAAGCAUACUGGCACCGCUUGCAGAGGGUGGCAAAAGUAACUGGCCUCCAUUUGGUGUCGAUCCCGCACUAACUUUGUGGUAUGAAGCUGUUGCUCGAAUCAGGGGCCAGCUUAUGCAUUGGAUGGAAAAACAGAGCAAACACAUAGCUGUUGGUUUCCCAUUGGUGACCCUUUUACUAUGUCUUGGCGAUCCCCAAACUUUCAACUCUAACUUUAGUCCCCAUAUGGAGAUCUUGUACAAGCAUCUUAAAGACAAAAACCAUCGUUCAAUGGCACUUGACUGUCUUCAUCGACUUGUAAAGUUUUAUCUAAAUGUUUAUGCAGAAUAUCAAGCUAAAAAUCGUGUAUGGGAUUAUUUAGACAGUGUGACCGCUCAGUUACUGGCAGUUUUGAGGAAAGGUUUGCUGACUCAGGAUGUUCAGCAUGAUAAGCUUGUUGAGUUUUGUGUGACUUUAGCUGAGAGCAACCUAGAUUUCGCCAUGAAUCAUAUGAUACUGGAAUUGUUGAAACCUGAUAGUUUAAGUGAGGCAAAGGUUAUUGGUCUAAGGGCUCUGCUUGCCAUUGUUAUGUCUUCUUCAAAUCAGCAAUUCGGUUUGGAUGUUUUCCAUGUUCAUGGCAUCGGUCAGUAUGUUCCAAAAGUGAAAUCUGCAAUUGAGUUAAUCUUAAGGUCGUGUAAUAAGACCUACAGCCUGGCUCUUCUUACAUCGUCCAAGACUACAAUUGAUACUGCGACAAAGGAAAAAUCUCAGGGCACUCUCUUCAGGUCAGUUCUAAAGUGCAUUCCAUAUAUAAUAGAAGAAGUGGGACGCAGUGAUAAAAUAACUGAAAUAAUUCCCCAGCAUGGCAUAAGUAUAGAUCCUGGUGUUCGUGAAGAAGCUGUGCAGGUUAUGAACCGGAUAGUACGAUAUUUACCACACCGUCGCUAUGCUGUUUUAAAAGGCAUGGCCAACUUCAUACUAAAGCUUCCAGAUGAGUUCCCUCUCUUAAUUCAGACAUCACUGGGCCGCUUAGUGGAGUUAAUGCGGCUUUGGAGGGUUUGUUUAUCUGAGGAAAUCCUAAAGAAGGAAAUCCUAAAGAAGAGCGAUGCUUUCCAGAGAUCUCCUUUUCUUCAGUCAGGGGAUCUGUCCGAGUUCCGAGCAGCAGAAAUGGAUGCAGUUGGUCUAAUUUUUCUCUGUUCUGUGGAUGUUCAGAUUAGGCAUACUGCUUUAGAACUACUGCGUUGCGUUCGGGCUUUAAGAAACGAUAUUAGAGAUUGCUUCGCCAAUGAUCGGGGUGAUCACAAGCUGAAAAAUGAGCCAGAACCGAUAUUUAUUAUUGAUGUUUUAGAAGAAAACGGGGAUGACAUUGUUCAGAGCUCAUAUUGGGAUCCUGUCCGCCCUUUUGAUUUGAGACGGGAGUUGGAUCCCAUCCCGCCAGAUGUAACACUUCAAUCCAUUCUUGAAAGCCCUGAUAAAAACAGAUGGGCACGCUGUCUUAGUGAAGUUGUAAAGUAUGCGGCUGAACUUUGUCCUUAUUCUGUGCAGCAAGGCAGGUUAGAGGUUGUGCGGAGACUUGCGCAAAUUACACCAUCAGAACUGGGUGGGAAAUCUCAGCAAUCACAAGAUGCAGACAGCAAACUGGACCAAUGGAUAGUAUAUGCGAUGUUUGCAUGCUCAUGCCCACCUGAUAAUCGAGAAGAAGUUGGCUUUACCGCUGCUAAAGAGCUUUUCCAUCUGAUUUUUCAAUCACUCAGGCUUGGUUCAGAGACGCAUACACUUGCUGCUAUAGCUGCCCUUGGUCAUUCACAUAUAGAAGUAUGUGAAACCAUGUUUGGUGAACUUGCAUCCUUUAUUGAAGAGGUUUCAUCCGAAACAGAAGCAAAGCCAAAAUGGAAGAAUCAGAGGUCACGCCGUGAAGAACUCCGCAUUCAUGUCGCUAAUGUGCACCGGAUGAUUGCUGAGAAGAUCUGGCCGGGUAUGCUUGGUCGCAAACCUGUUUUCCGCCUGCACUACCUUAAAUUCAUCGAAGAAACGUACCGCCAAAUAACUGCACAAACUGCUGAUAAUAGUUUUCAGGACUUGCAACCUCUUCGAUAUGCAUUAGCUUCUGUUCUUCGAUACUUAGCUCCAGAGUUUGUCGAGUCAAAGUCAGAGAGGUUUGAUUCAAGAACUCGUAAGAAGCUCUUUGAUCUCCUACUUACUUGGUCCGAUGAUACAAGCACAUGGGGCCAGGAAGGCAGCAGCGACUAUCGCCGCGAGCUUGAGCGGUACAAGUUAAGUCAACAUAACCGGUCAAGGGAAUCUAUAGACAAAUUAGCAUUUGACAGAGAAGUAGUUGAGCAGGCAGAGGCUAUACAAUGGGCCUCGAUGAAUGCCAUUGCUUCUCUGCUUUAUGGAACUUGCUUUGAUGAUAAUGCAAGAAAGAUGACGGGUCGGGUAAUAUCAUGGAUCAAUAGUUUAUUUACGGAGCCAACUCCAAGAGCGCCAUUUGGUUAUUCGCCAGUAGAUCCGCGAACACCGUCACACUCAAAGAAUAUGGGUGACGGGGGACGUUUUGGGGGAAAGGACAAAAAUAAAGGGAGUCAUCUCAGAACUCUUUUGGCGAAAACUGCAUUGAAGAAUCUUUUGCAGACAAAUUUAGAUCUGUUUCCAGCUUGCAUUGACCAGUGCUAUUCACCAGAAUCUUCCAUAGCAGACGGCUACUUCAGCGUGCUGGCCGAAGUCUACAUGCGCCAGGAUAUCCCAAAGUGUGAAAUCCAAAGACUUCUAAGUUUGAUCUUAUACAAAGUAGUCGAUCAAACAAAGCAAAUCCGGGAUAGUGCCCUCCAGAUGCUGGAGACUCUCUCUGUUCGUGAGUGGGCCGAGGAUGACCACGAGGGAACAAGCCACUACAGGGCCUCUGUUGUUGGCAACCUCCCGGACUCCUACCAGCAGUUCCAAUACAAGCUCUCCUCCAAGCUUGCCAAAGACCACCCUGAGCUAAGUGAACUUCUUUGUGAAGAAAUCAUGCAGCGCCAACUGGAUGCAGUCGAUAUAAUUGCACAACAUCAAGUUUUAACAUGCAUGGCCCCUUGGAUUGAGAAUCUCAAUUUCUUGAAGUUAUGGGAAUCUGGGUGGAGCGAGCGAUUGCUUAAGAGCCUUUAUUAUGUAACGUGGCGACAUGGGGAUCAGUUUCCGGAUGAAGUUGAGAAGCUAUGGAGUACAGUGGCAAGCAACACAAGGAAUAUAAUUCCCGUUCUUGAUUUCUUGAUCACUAAAGGGAUAGAGGAUUGUGAUUCCAACCCAUCGGCAGAGAUUAUUGGUGCAUUUGCCACGUACUUUUCGGUCGCUAAACGAGUAAGCUUAUAUCUUGCCCGCAUAUGCCCUCAGCAAACCAUCGAUCAUCUAGUGUGCGAGUUAUCGCAACGAAUGUUAGAGGAUAGUGAGGACCCUGUUAGACCUGGGAAAAAUGAUGCUUCGGCAAAUUUUAUAUUGGAGUUCUCUCAGGGGCCCAGUUCGGCCCAGAUGGCAACUGUUAUCGAUAACCAGCCUCAUAUGUCUCCCUUGCUUGUUCGCGGAUCCCUUGACGGCCCACUUAGAAACACCAGUGGAAACUUGAGCUGGCGGACCUCUGCCAUAACGGGCCGGAGUAUCUCAGGUCCCUUGAGCCCUCUGCCUCCUGAGGUAAACAUCACUAAUCCUACUGCAGGCCGGUCGGGCCAGCUCCUGCCUGCACUGGUGAACAUGUCAGGCCCAUUGAUGGGUGUUCGAAGCUCAGCUGGCAAUUUAAGGAGCCGUCAUGUUUCCCGAGACAGUGGAGACUGCUUCAUUGAUACACCUAAUUCAGGUGAAGACAUUUUGCACCAGGGGGGAAGUGGACUUCACGGAAUCAAUGCGAGUGAGCUCCAGUCAGCUUUGCAGGGGCACCAGCACUUACUUUCUCGUGCAGAUAUAGCUCUUAUUCUCCUUGCUGAAAUCGCGUACGAAAAUGAUGAAGAUUUUCGCGAGAACUUGCCUUUACUAUUCCAUGUCACAUGUGUUUCCAUGGACAGCUCAGAAGACAUCGUCCUCGAGCAUUGUCAGGAUUUGCUUGUUAAUCUUCUUUAUUCACUCGCUGGGCACCAUUUAGAACUGUAUGAGGUCGAGAGCAGCGAGGGUGAGAAUAAGCAGCACGUGGUGAGCUUAAUAAAGUACAUUCAAUCUAAGCGCGGGAGUUUGAUGUGGGAGAAUGAGGACCCUACUCUUGUACGAACAGAGCUCCCUAGUAGUGCUCUUUUAUCAGCUCUUGUACUAAGUAUGGUUGAUGCCAUUUUCUUUCAAGGGGACCUUCGCGAAACAUGGGGGGCCGAAGCACUAAAGUGGGCCAUGGAGUGUACGUCCCGCCACCUCGCAUGCCGGUCCCACCAAAUAUACCGUGCUCUGCGCCCUAGUGUCAAAAGCGACAGCUGUGUUCUGCUCCUUCGGUGCCUUCACCGGUGUUUGGGAAAUCCCGUUCCAGCCGUUCUAGGGUUUGCAAUGGAGAUUCUGUUGACACUGCAAGUAAUGGUGGAGAACAUGGAACCUGAGAAAGUGAUUCUCUACCCACAGCUCUUCUGGGGCUGCGUUGCGAUGAUGCAUACGGAUUUCGUACACAUUUACUGCCAGGUUCUCGAGCUGUUCGUGCGGAUAAUCGAUCGACUGUCAUUCCGUGAUCGAACGACCGAGAAUGUAUUGUUAUCCAGCAUGCCCCGCGAUGAAUUGGAUAAUGGCAAUUAUGAUCCAUCCGAUCUUAGUCGGCAGGAAUCAAGAAGCAGUACAGAGAGGUUGCCGCACGAGAGUGGAAAAGUUCCAGUCUUUGAAGGCGUGCAGCCCCUUGUGUUAAAGGGGCUCAUGUUCACUGUAAGCCACGGUUCAGCGAUCGAGGUCUUAUCUCGAAUAACAGUUCCGACCUGUGAUUCUAUAUUUGGGAAUCCCGAGACAAGGCUCUUAAUGCACAUUAUUGGUUUGUUGCCCUGGCUCGGUUUGCAGCUCACCAAGGACUCGGCUCCUCCUGGUUCGAUGUCGCCCCCCCAGGAGCAGUACCAGAAAGCCUGCUAUGUGGCAUUGAAUAUUUCACUAUGGUGCCGAGUAAAAUCAUUGGACAAUCUUGCGGAAGUCUUUCUUGCAUAUUCUCAUGGUGAGAUCAUAACUGUCGAAGGUCUCUUUGCUCGUGCAUCCCCGCCCAUUUGUGCCGAGUGGUUUCCCAAGCACUCAUCUUUAGCAUUCGGGCACCUGCUGAGGUUGCUCGAGAGGGUUCCCAUGGAUUACCAGCAUGUGAUUCUUCUGUUACUAAAAGCACUUCUGCAGCAAACUGCUGUUGACCCUGCGCAAAUUCCUCAGGUGUACUAUAUUGUGCAACAGCUUGUAGAGACGACACUUUGCUCGGAGGCGCUGAAUGUGUUGGAAGCGCUUUUGCGGAGCUGUAGCAGCGUGGCGGGCGGGUACAAUGAUGAGUCAGGAGUAAACGAAACCGGCUAUGAUGCAGGAGAAAAGGUUUCACAAAGUAUGCUCGUGCCUCAGACUUCAUUUAAGGCUCGGAGUGGGCCUUUGCAUAAUCUAGCGGGGUCAGGAUAUGCAGCGGGAGCGCCAGGCGGCGGAAUUUCAUCGGAAGGCGGAUUGGCCUCGCGAGAGGUAGCUCUACAGAAUACAAGAUUGCUUCUUGGGCGCGUGCUUGAUACUUGCGCUCUAGGCAGGAAGAGGGACCAUAAGCGUCUCGUUCCUUUUGUUGCAAACAUCAUAACGUAAUCGUCGACGCUGGUCGUAGGAAAUGAUUAUCGAAAUGGUUGAUCAGAUCAACUAUCCAUCUGCACAAACCGAAGUCACUCUCGCAAAGCGGACCGUUUAUGCAGCUGUUUAAGAGGGUACGUCCUUUUUACAUCCCUUUUUUUUUUUUUUUUCUUUUUACUGUAUAGUAUGGAGUAGAGGGGGUGAUUAUUUCUUUUGUUACUAUUUAAGUAGGGCGCGGCAUAAAAGUUUAAGAUAAAGAAAUAUAGCUAUCGCUUGUGAUCUCACAUAAUACCCCCAGGAUUGGAGAAUGUCUUUGCAAAGCUGUAUUAUCCCUACAAGGGUUUUUGUUCUUUUAGAAUGCAUUUGGUGGCUCGUAAUAGUUGAUUACUGGUUUU